AUGUGCUUGUUCAAGGUGGCGAAUCGGCGAGGAAUUGGAGGUGACUUGGGACCGUUUCCAAGUGGCGGCGGCGAUGGCGACGGUGAUAACGGCAAAAAGUUAUUCUACAGUCAAGAAAAUGACGGCGAUUAUUAUUCCGCUGUCGGAGAGGUGUCGGCGAUGGUGUCGGUGUUAACCGAUGUGGUGUCUGGGGUGGGGGCAGCCGACUCAAACUACAGCGGCGGGCAGGUUUUUUCGUCUUCAUCGUCAACGUCGACUUCUUCGCCGCUGUCGAGUUUCUCGUCGGAACCGAGCUAUGUGUCGGCGAUGAGUUCUUGGGUUGGGCAGAAACGACUACGUGAAGGAGAAAAUGCAGAAACAGAGCGUAAUUUUGAUUCUCUUUCGCGGGUUUUUAAUGGACAAUCUUCCUCCGCCGUAAUUACUGCAGUGAAAGAAGAAAUUCCAAUUCCGUACACCGGAAUUUCAAAUCCCGGCACCGCCGUUGCGGCGUCUCCAAUGAGCGAGACGGCGGCGGCUACGGCUGUUAGCGAUAGAAGAAGAAGAUACAGAGGAGUACGGCAGCGGCCAUGGGGGAAAUGGGCGGCGGAGAUUCGUGAUCCGCAUAAGGCGGCUAGAGUUUGGCUCGGGACGUUCGACACGGCGGAGGCUGCCGCUCUAGCAUACGACGAAGCUGCCCUCCGAUUCAGAGGAAACAAAGCGAAACUCAAUUUCCCUGAAAAUGUCGGGUUACUUCCUCCGCAGCAGCAGCACAUUCCGAUAUCCAGCCCCCAAUUUGUUCCGCCACGGACGGCGGCGCUUCAGAUACAGAAUUACCGGGAUUACAUGGAAUAUUCCAAUUUUCUUCAAAGCUCCGGCGACUUCCUUGGACAACCUUCGAGUUUACUGCAGCAAAUGUAUUAUAAUGCGCAGUUGACUCCGUUUCAAUAUUUGCCGGCGCCAGCGCCGUCGUUGUCCUCUGUUUCAAAUUCUGUUUUUAUUCCGCCGCAGCAGCAGCAGCAACAAAUGGGGUUAUUCCGGCCGCCGCGGUCGCAAAAUCAAAACCAGGAUGGCUCCGAUUGCUUCCCCGGUACGUCGUGGAAUGAUUCCGGUGCUCCAUCAUCCGGCUGAUUACUCUGUUUUUUUUUUUUUUUUUCAAAAAUGAAAUAAAAGCAUAUUUAAUUUGGAU